AUGAAAGCAGAAGGCCCAAUGGAUUUAAAACACAGAGAGGCCCAAAAUAGAGAGCAGAGCACCCAAAUAAUUUCUGUGCCCCGAUUUCUGAAAUUAGGGCACUCUCUUUUCUUCUCCGAUUUUCCAUCUCUCUCUCCGGCGAUCUUUCUCCUGCGAACUCAACUUGGUCGGAUUAUGGAUUUGGAGACAGAAAAUAGAAUUGCGUCAAUUCUUUUGAAAGAGGCUGCAGAAUUGCGGCGACAAGCAGAGUCAGAGGGUGCGCUUUCUUAUCUUCAUCGGCCUAAUGUCAGGGGGAGACCAAAUUCACGGUUCUUAACAGCAACUGUUCUUGGAGUACAACAAGCUAACCGGGCUGUUGAAGUGAAUGAAAUGUGGAAGUUAAGGCAGAAAGAGCUGGAGCUUGAAAACAGGCUCAACCGGAAGUCAGCAGAUAAGAACAGUGAUACAACGUGUCUUAGUUUUAGUGUCACGGAAAGGAGGUCACGUGAGAGAUGUGAUACUGAUUCAGGCACAAGUAGAUCGAAGAAAAGGGAGAUACAAGAUUCUUAUUCAGGUGAAGAAGAAGGCUUGGGAGAUGCUGAAAUUGAGGAAUUUUUACAUUCUAGGGUCAAGCGGGGCAGGGGAACUGUUGGGUCAAGGAUGGAUGAAGCUGGUCCUUACCUUCCUUCUAGUCCGGAUCCCAGAGAAAAAGAGUCGGCAAGUCCUGAUAUGAAACUAAACAAAGUAGGCAGAUAUCAUGCCGUAAUUGGUCCAGAGAAACCUGACUGGCUGAAUUCCACUGGUUCUUCAGAAAAUGAAUCUUUGUCAGAUGAUAAGAUGAAGAUCCCAAAGAAGGCUAAAUCCAGUAAGCACCAUGACCAUUGUAGGAAACAUAGAUCAAAAAAGAAGUCCAAAGACAAGGAGGGUAAAAGGAGGAGAAGAGAGGAGCAAAGAAUCAAACGCCACAGAUAAAUAGUGUACGGUGUACCCUUUCCUUAUCAAAAAAAAAAUAAAAAUAGUGUACCCUUAUAUGACAACUUGUUCGGUCUUUUUUAAUUUAUAGGUUCACGCAGAUGUUAAACGGCAACUCUUAGUCCUGCUUUGCUUAAGUUCCAUUUGUUGUGUACCUGUUGUAUAUUUUGCACGUUUCUCCUGUAAAGAUGACCUUCCAUUUCUCACUCCCAUCAACAGAAAUCAAUUUAAGUUUGUUCAAGAAA